CCGGUCCAUUCCUGGGCAGUAGUAACACUCAACUUUAUAGUAACAUCAAAUGAGACCCAGUACGACUGCCUUGGAAUCUUCAUAUUUCAAAACACAGAAAUCUGGCGCACUUCAACUCCAGAGCUGACCACAGACAGUAUCAUUUGGACUUACACAAAAGAUGUUACUCACUACAUUCCCCUGUUCAAUAAAUCUGGAACUUCCAUUCUCAAGCUUGAUAACAUCAUC